CUGUCAUAAAUGAAAGCGUCAUCAACACUUUGGCAACACUGCAUUGGACAAAAUCGAAAACAGAAAUAUCUGCUGCCGGUUAACUUUAUCUCCUGCUAACUUCUGCUUGGAUCUUUUUGGAGUUCGUGUAAUUUCCCCGGUACGCUUUCGAUAUGUCGAACAAGAACAAGAAGCAGUCGGAAAAUGCCACAACUAAGGAGGAAGAGGUUGUCCAGAUCAACAAGUGGGAUGGCACUGCGGUAAAGCACGCAUUGGAUGAUUCGGUUAAGACUGCGCUGAUGGAACACAGCAAUAUGAAAGAGCAUUUCGCUAUCAUCGAUGGACGGCUGUUUAUCUGUGCGCAGGCGGUCGCGAUCGCGCUUGUUGCACUUGGUUAUGAUUAUCAGUAUUCGUUUCCCGCUUCCAAGCCUGUACUGAUCGUAUGCGUAUGUUGCUACUUCUUCCUAAUGGGUGUGCUGACCAUCUACACGACGUACGUGGAAAAGGGCAUCUUUGUGGUGGGCAACCAGAAAGAUGCUAACGGCAACGUGAAAAGAUGGCAGGCAAGUUCGGACAUGAAGAAAUACGACGAUAAGUAUGAGUUAACGGUUCAGCUAAGAGAUUCGCGCGGCAUUCGAGAAGCUACUGUCACCAAGUCGGUGGCAAACUUCAUCGACGUCAACGGAGUCGUGCUGGAUGAUCUGGUGGCUAGCGAGGUCAACCGUAUCGUGAAUUCGCUGAACGCCGACCGCAAGGAUAAGUAAACCGGCACUCUGACAUACGAUAAGGAGAUAAUAAAUUACAAGCCCAAAAGCGUCCAGUACAUCACAUUA